AUGUUCCGACUGAGAGACACAUCGAAAGAGAUGGAGAAUGAGAGGCAGGAUUGGGGAGCGAGAGAGACAAAGCUCUUCCUAAUCAAAUCAUGGCAGUUGUGUUGGGUUGAGUUGGUUCGGCUCAAGGGGUGUCUCAUGCCGGUCCCUGAUUUGCAUCAAACGCUGGAGCGAUACUUAUGUGCUCUCAAGCCAGUCAUUCCUGUCGCCCAAUUUGAACAAACAAAACGUACUGUCGAUCAGUUCCUGGAGCCCAAUGGCGAGGGGGAGAGACUACAGGCGCUGUUACAACAAUACGCUCAACAAACAGACAACUGGAUUAUUUAG